AUGAAACGUGGACCUGGAAGGAAGACCUGGAAGGAAAAAAGGAAAGAAUCUUUCGAACAUUUUAUCCAAACAUCACGGUGUUCAGGACUACAAAAUUGUACAUCAAUUUUGAAAUCAAAUCAGAUUUUUCUCUUUGGUUAUGUUCAAGAUUUUUGGCUAAUACAAAUUGGCGCUGCAUCUAUAAGUGUCUACGGUUCUGAUGUCCGCACCAACAAUUAUUUGGAGUCAUUUCAUGCAACACUGCUAAACCAAAUGGGAAAACAUCCAAAUAUUUGGGAUUUUUUGCAAAAACUGUUGCUGAUUGAAAAUCAGUUUUAUAUUGAAAUGGACCAAGUUCGAAGAAACCUUACAGUUAGAAACCAUAAGUCUAGAGUAGACAGAGCAGACGCAACGCGUAGAAUAAGGGAUUAUAUUAAUAUAUUAAAUGAGGAUGGGAACCUCUUAAUGUUCCUUCAAAGAGCAGGCCAUAUGAUGGACGGUUAUCUUCAUGGGCAAGUUGGCCCACAGCCAUAA